AUGCAGCCGUUCUUUCUCCUCUCGGCUGCGGCCGCUGUUGUCGGCUCGUUUGCCAGCAUCGCCCAAGCAACGCCAAUACCGUGUCCUGAUUCCAAGAUCGACCUCAUUCUCAACGGCAAGCUCAGCCCCGAUGCAUGCUGUAGCUACGGCAUCUGCAAGGGCGACAUCUUGACCAAGAGCAAGAACCGGAAGUGA